AUGAUGAGAGGAUAUGUUGAGAUUGCUCCGGGUACAGAUUUAACAGCUCCAGUUUGGAAUUCUAUUGGUCCAAUAAACAUCAUGAUUUCUCCUAUCUACCUUCUAUCUACCUCCCAUCUAACUCCCAUCUACCUCCCAUCUAACUCCCAUCUACCACCAUCUACCUCCCAUCUACCUCCCAUCUACCUCCCAUCUACCUCCUAUCUACCUCCCAUCUACCUCCCAUCUACCAUCCAUCUACCUCCCAUCUACCUACCAACUACCUCCCAUCUACCUCCAAUCUACCUUCCAUCUACCCCCAACUACCUCCCACCUACCCCCGAUUUAACCUCGUCUUCCUCCCAUCUAUCUCCCAUCUACCUCCCAUCUACCACCCAUCUACCUCCUAUCCACCUCCCAUCUACCUCCCAUCUACCAUCUACCUACCAAAUACCUCCCAUCUAUUUUCAAUCUACCUUCCAUCUACCUCCCAUCUACCUCCUAUCUACCUCCCAUCUACCUCCAAUCUACCUUCCAUCUACCUCCCAUCUACCUACCAAAUACCUCCCAUCUACCUCCAAUCCACCUUCCAUCUACCUCCCAUCUACCUCCAAUCUACCUUCCAUCUACCUCCCAUCUUCCUCCAAUCUACCUUCAAUCUACCUCCAAUCUACCUACCAACUACCUCCCAUCUACCUCCAAUCUACCUUUAAUCUACCUCCCAUCUACCUCCAAUCUACCUUCCAACUACUUCCCAUCUCCUUCCCAUCUACCUCUCAUCUACCUCCCAUCUACCUACCAAAUACCUACCAUCUACCUCCAAUCUACCUUCCAACUACCUCCCAUCUACCUCCCAUCUACCUCUCAUCUACCUCAGUUUACUUUCCAUCUACCCUCGUUUAUCUCCCGUUUAGUUCCGAUUAA